GGGUGGGCACGCCCUGGCACAGGGUGCCCAGAGCAGCCGUGGGUGCCCCUGGAUCCCUGGCAGUGCCCAAGGCCAGGCUGGACAGGGCUGGGAGCAGCCUGGGACAGUGGGAGGUGUCCCUGGCCAGGGCAGGGGUGGCACUGGAGGGGCUUUAUGGUCCCUUCACCCCCAAACCAUCCUGUGAUUCCACAUAAAAUUGUUUGCCGCAGUUGGAAGUUCUCAAACUCUCACUUUGAGGAGCUGCUGGGAAGGUCCUGAUGGCGAAUCUGAUUCCAGCUCGUUUCUCUGUCCUGCUGCUCCCAGGGCAGCUCCAGGAGCUGUCCCGAGCCUGCAGAGCUGGUGCAGGGCAGAGCAGCCGCCCCUCGCCGGCGGUGACGUCCCAUGAAGACAUUUUGAGCCUCCACACUUCCUGACCAGGGCUUACUUCACGUGUCUGGGUCUGCCUUGGCUGCUCUGGAAGGAGUGAGUCCCCCAGCCCUGCCCGGGUCGGUGACAAUUCUGGGAAAAGCCAUCCCAGGCCUUUUUCUAGGAAAGCCACCGUGCUCUUUCCUGCCACAGCCGUGCCAGUCUGAUGUGGUGGAGAGGAGCAGCAGCAGGAGGAGGAAGACGAGGAUGAGGCUGGAGCAGUCCCUGCCCCUCCUGGGGCUCCUGCUGUGUGCAGUUGGCACAACAGCUCAGCAGGAUGAGGAAUUUGAGGGGGAAUUCCUGGUGGAGAUUUCUGGCACCACGGUGACAAUCACGUGUCCCUUGGAGGAUGAGAACAUCCAGUGGGACCUGCCUAGGAAAACAGACGAAACCAGGGACAGGAGUUUGAUUAUAAGAGACCACGACAGCGCUCCUGCCAACCUGAGCUGCUCCUCGGGCAGUAAGAGGCGUCAGCUGUACCUGAACGCCAGAGUGUGUGCCAACUGUGAGGAGCUGGACGCCUGGACCGUGGCGGGGAUCAUCACUGCAGACCUGCUCAUCACCCUGGGGCUGCUCAUCCUGGUCCACUACUUCAGCAAGGGCAGGAAGGGCCGGGCCAGCACCGCUGGGGACAGCCGGCCACGAGGUCAGAAGAUGCAGCGUCCUCCCCCCGUCCCAAACCCGGACUAUGAGCCCAUCCGGAAAGGCCAGCGGGAGGUGUACGCAGGCCUGGCACCCCGGGGCAUCUGAACCCCCGGGGGUGACGGGCUGGAGGCCAGCAGGACCACAGCCAAAUGCUUUGCCCAGCUUGUUCCCAGCUCUCUGCAGCUCUGCUCUGGCAUCCUGGGGUAAGCCAGGCGGCCACAGGACAGGUACACAUUGUCCCACCCCGGGCUGUGCCGUCAGGGAACAGAAAUGAGCACAUUGGCAAGAGAUUUCCUUCUCAUUAAAGGACUGCAGCCUCA